AUGGCAGAAUACCAUGCUGUGGUGAUUCACGAAUGGACCGACUUCUCUGUGAAAUUGGGCGGCUCUGAAGUUCACAUUAUCCAUGCCUCUUUUCAGGCCCUCGAGGAUCCCAAGAAAAGAGUUGAUGUGGCUGGAAGGUUCCAGGAUGAUCUGCAUAAGAGGGGCUUUGUGUGGCUGAGCACCCACAGCUUGCCAGAUCCUGCUCGUGGCAAAUGGAAGAGGCUUCUGGUGAUUUACCGUGGUGACAAUGAGUACAAGACAUCUUCCGCGUUUUGGGGUGCUACAAGCGCAGCGCUGAUGAACCUUACCGCAGUGGCCACACCCUCAGUGGCUGCGCUGGCAUUGGGAUCAGCAAUUCUUGACAUGCCAGUGGUGGACCUUUUGAAAAUCCCAGCACUGGUCGUGCCACUGCUGUCCAUGAGUGUGACCGCAUAUAAAUGGAGUCGCGACUCGAGUUGCGACUCGAGUGUGCCCCUUUUCCUGGACAACGAGUGUGUGAUCUGCCUUUGCGACCUUGGAGUUUCAAAUGCUGAGAUUCUCCCUUGUGGACAUGCUUUUCACUACACUUGCAUCCAAAGCUGGCUUGCGCUUGGGGGCAGUUGUGCUAUAUGCCGCCAGGAGCCAUGUUGUGAUUCAUGGAUCAGAGAGGCGGACAGCGCUCUGACUGGGCUGUUCUCGCAUGAGUUCG